CUUUUUUUGGCGCUGAUUGGAGUUGGGAUACUCAUUUGUUCGUAUGUCUAUAUGAUUACUUGGGUCUACACGGGCGAAGUGAACUCGAGAAGAAUCAGAGAGAAAUACCUCCAAGCUAUCCUCCGUCAAGAUAUCGCGUAUUUCGAUAAUAUCGGUGCAGGAGAAGUGGCCACUCGUAUUCAAACUGAUACC